GAAGAAGAAAUGUUUCACAGAAUACAACAGCCAUGUUUAGAGGCCUGUGAUGGUUUGUAAGGUUAUGUGCGAUUAUGUUUUGUUUGGAUUGAAAAACGACUUAAAUAUAUGAAAUAUUCCGGACAACGUUUCAUCGAUGGAUCUUUUCGGCUCCCCCGUGUCGAAUUCCUACAAGCAAGAAUAUGACUUUGAAGAGGACAGCAAGUACGACGAAGAUAGAGAGAAAUAUGAACACCAAGACGAGAGCGAUGAAGACACUGAAGACGCCAGCGAAACAGAUAACGGUCGGCAAGACGAGCACUUGGAGAUAAAAGAGCAAAUGUACCAAGACAAACUAGCGAAUUUAAAAAAGAAGUUGGCACAGCUUAGCGACGGCACACACUACGAAUACAACAAGAAGGUGAAGAGGCUGGAAUAUCAAUACCACGAAAGACUGCGCAUGAACGAGAUCUACAAAGAAUACAUGAUAGACUUGGUGAAAAAAGAUUACAAUCAGGAGAUAAAGGCGGCCGCCAGAGAUUUCGAAGAAAAGAAAAUCGACCUGCGGGAAACUCUGAUAUCUGACUUGGAAGACAAAAAGAGGACUGUGGAAGCCGAACGGUUAUCCAUGGAGCUGACCGGAGAUUCCAUGGAGAUUAAGCCCGCUAUGACUAGAAAACUCAGGAGGCGACCCAACGACCCCAUUCCGUUGCCAGAAAAGAGGAGGAAGGCGCCAACCGCUCAGAUUGUGUACCUCUUGGAUGAGAAGGAUGCGGAUAGCGAUCUGAGGCAGAUCAAAGAGAAAAUGCCGGUGCCCACACGAAAGCUGAGCGAGAGCUCUAUGGGCAGUCCCACUCACAGCUUGCAGGGGGUAUCGGUGCAACCUUUUACUGAGCAAACAAAUCUGAUCGAGACGCGCAUCGAAGACGGUAAACUGUUGUACGAGAAGCGAUGGUUCCAUAGAGGACAGUCCAUUUUCAUCGAGGGUAAAGACACUCCCAAAACUGCCGCGAAUAUCUGCGGCAUAGGGACGGAUUGCAUUUACGUCAAGAAGCCCAAUGGGGAAAAACUCAGGUUCUUCUUAUCAAGUCUUAUCAGGGGAAAGGUUUCCCUUAAAAGAAGGGCUUCCUGAAAACCCUAUAAAUGUCGCUUAUUUCAUUUUUUAUGAUUUUUUAAAUUUUAAUAUUUAUAUAAACUUUCCUGGAUCACUUCGUAAUCUGACACUUCCAUCCUUUUCCAUUAAAAAAAGUUGUUUUGCUCCUUUAGGGAUGUGAUGACUUUCUAAUGAGCCUGGCGCUGCGUAAAAGUGAGGUUAGGCGGUGCGUGCAAGACGAAAAAAAUAGACUGCUUAAAGAUUUUUAUGCUUUUUUUCUACAUAUGCGGGGAGGAUAAGCAGUGAAGUUUGUAAGAAGUUGUUUCCUUUCAUAUCCUCUACAAUUUUUUCGUGCUCUCACGGUAGAGCAAUUGCAAAGAACUCGAAAAUUUCGUGUUUUGUAACCAAAAUCCUCGGUUUCAAAUUUCAGGUAGGAGGUAAUGCCACAGUUGCGAUCUGUGUUAGAUGAUUAAACCUUCGAAGGGUAUCUGUAAUGUGCGAUUACCCUAUGUUAGUUGCUCAUUGGAAAAGAAAACGAAAUUAUCUACCACAGUCCACUCACGCACUUUUUCUGGGCCAUCUAGUAUUAUAUGAUGUAAGAGAUUGUCGUUUUUUAAAUUUCACAGCUUUUAUGACAGUUGUAUCACUUAAUCAAUCAAUUAUUUUUGAAAUUAGGAUAAAAUGUGUGUACUUCCUUUAUGUUUAUGCUUAGAGAUAACUUUUUGGAGACCCAGAACACAUCAACAUGAGGUACUGCUAACAAUGAAGAAGUUUGCUGGUGGUUUACGACAUUUAUUAUAUAGAAUAAAUUGUUUAUAUUUACAAAGUGUUUUUUUGUCGAUCCAUAGAGCUCGCUCGCAAUCGACGUUGAGUAUAAGGAAAAGGUUAUAACCCUACGCGGGCAACAUAACCGUGACAUCUAUUGAUCAAUUGUUUAACUAAUUAGUUCCAGCGCCUAA